AUGAAGUUUCGGGUACUGUUGCUAGCUGCCCUCAAAAUACGCAGCGUUCUUUCAGAUCCCUCACCUUCGGAGGAGGUCUUUCGUCGAAAUGGUCUACGAGGCACGACGACCAAGGACACGUUCGCUAUCGAUAUAUCUAAGUCUUGGGACCCGAAAGACGCUAAAUUUCUCAAACUUGCUAGUGAAACGAGAAAGAAAGGCGUUUAUAGAAGCGGAUUAGUUGCCGACGAAAACACGCAAGCAAUCUACCUCUGGGGAGGUAGGAGAGAUAUCAAACCAUUGGACCGCCAGCUCUGGAAACUUUUGCCCGAUGGCAAAGGGAAUGGCACAUGGAGUUCCGAAAUCACCACGGGUAUUGCUGGGGUGGUCAGUACCGAGUCUAGCGCUCAUACUGUAGCGCAUGGCUUGGGGUUCUGGUUUGGAGGCAGCACAAAUGAACUGACUGAACGUACAUCGAACGCAGCGGCGGUGGGAACGUCUGUUCCUGGAUUUGUCUCCUAUAACUUCACCGCGAAGACAUGGACGAACCACACCAAUGUACCGGAUGCAGUCAAGAGUCCAUGGGCUGCUUCAGCCACUUUUGUUCCUACGUUCGGACCUAAUGGGGUUAUUGCUCUCAUUGGUGGUUUGGAUAGUGCGAACUCCCCUGUUGCUAUCAAUUUCGGAACCAUCUACCUUAUGGACCCGGUGACUAUGGUGUGGUAUAGUCAAACAGUCUCGGGUGCUGUCUCGAGUUCUUUGCCCACGCGGCGUAUGGAUCACUGUGUAGUAGGCGUACAGGGAGAUAACAAUACCUACGAAAUUUUCAUGUAUGGCGGGGCCAAGGAUCGCAGCAACGAGGAAGGAAAGGGCUCGGCCUUUGGUGAUGUGUGGGUGCUGAGUCUCCCAGGAUUCGUUUGGCACCGGGCAGAUGGCGCAGGAAUCAACCCGAGAACACAUCAUGCCUGCGUACGUGCUGGAAACCGACAGAUUCUCAGCAUCGGUGGUGUAAAUACGUCAGACUCAGAUGGUAUGAGUACCAAGGACUCGUUGCCUCAAGGCUUGGGAAUCUUCGAUAUGACGAAGAUGGAAUGGAAGGAGACCUAUGAUGCUGGUGCUGAACCAUAUGCAACUCCAGAGAUUAUAAAGAAGUGGUAUGCCGAUGGGUGA